CGCAUGGCGAGUAGUUCAACAUCACAUCACACCACCAACUACAUACUGUCUAGAACAUCUGUCAGCACUCAGAUUUCUGUCAUACCCGGUCGCAUUGCCUGAUACUACCAGUCGGUGAAAUUUCACAUUCCUUUUCGUUCUUGUCGGCGGUCAGCGCCAUGGUUCCCCAAAUCAAACAGGACCCCGACGCGGCAUCUCCGUAUAUCAAACCCGACCCGGAUAGCAAAGAUGCUGUUCUCGCUGAUAUUGACGACGAGGAUCUAUACGAGGAUGCUGGCGAUUUAGACUUCUCGAACGCUGCGCAGAGCGUAUGGCUCUCGCGCAUUCCCCGAACGCUCUGGGAGCAUUGGUCCAACCUCGAUGACGAUGAGGAAAUCCAGAUCGGGACGAUUAGGAUUGAGGGUCCACAAAAUGAUAUUAAACGGGUCAGCCUGCGUAUUAACGAACGGGAGGAUAACCGCGAAAUCCCUAAAGAUUACCUACUGCAACGACAAACCCUCAACGCAGAAAAUGUUUCGCAUUCUACACAAAAUACGUAUCUCUUCACGGAAAGGGACCUUCCCGGUCAUGAGAAUCGGAUGCUCACUUUCGGCGAGGCACGGUCAGCCCUGUACGAGUCGAUGAAGCGAGAUGCUAGAAAGAAGGAGCGAAAGAAGAAGUGGGAGCCUUAUGUGCGGAAGACAGUGCCUAAACAAACUGCCCUUACAGGAAGUGUUUCCGAAGAAUUCAACUGUCUACCGGUGGAGAAUGAGGAAUUCCGGCGGCUGUCAGAGAAGAAGGUUUUGGAAUCGCUUAAGCCGAAGCGCGAAACUCUCUUUAUCGACAAGGUCCCCGGGAAGCUCCUCCAGGCCAGAAAUAUUUUACCGGGAGAAAAGGGUGCUUUCGUGCAAGCAACGAAGGCGGCCAAGGUCAAGCCUCAGGAAAACAAGACGACGCGUAUGCCACAGAACGAAUUGUUGGACCUUAUUUACCAGUGCUUCCGAGAAUACAAAUAUUGGCCAUUUAAGGGUCUUAAAGCGAGACUUCGGCAGCCAGAGGCGUAUCUCAAGCAAACUUUGGAGAUGGUUGCUCACCUUGUUAAAUCAGGCGAUUUUGCCAUGACCUGGGAGCUUAAACCAGAAGCAAAAGAGAGCAGCUAUGCGAAUGCGUUGGCAUACGGUGAUGCCAAAGAAGAGAUGGCACCUGGAGCCGAUUACAACUUCGACGAGGCAUCCGAGGAGGAGGCAACACCUGGGAUGUUCACAGAUAAUGAUGAUACACAGUUCGAAAAUGUUGUUUAAAGACUAUUGGAUGUAUGUAGCAUAAGCAAGGUUACGGCGUUUGUUUUGGGGAUCUUUUAGGUUGACCUCAUGAAGGCCAUUCUGGAGUUAUCUACUGCGGGCUUAGAUGCUGAACUAUAUAUACAAUCAAAUGCAUCAAUUUACUUUCUAUCAAUAAA